UUUAAAUUCGGAAUAACUUUAAAAUCCGUAUUCUACAGCAGUCCAUAUAAUACGUUCCACAAUAAAUAGGAUUUAAUAAUUUAUAAAUAAUCAGUUUAUUAAAUUUUUAUUUUUAGUUAUUCAAGCCACAGAUACCUCAUAAGUAAUGUUUUUGAGAACUAUUGUAAAACCAGCUGCAUUUCCAUAUCGGAAUAUAUUUAAUCUAUUUACAGCAAAUAACAAUGCUCGGAUGAUGUCUACAAAAAUGUUGCCGGAAAGUAUUACAAAUAUUCCAUCUUUCAAGACUCUGGCCGUUACGACUCCAAAACCAUUUGUUUUUCACGUUGAAUUGAAUAGACCUCAGCGUUAUAAUGCUAUCAACAAAGAAAUGUGGAUCGAAAUCAAAGACUGCUUUGAAAGUUUAAGUUCGAAUCCCGAUUGUAGAGCGAUUGUCAUCUCUGCGGCUGGAAAACAUUUUACUGCAGGUAUUGAUUUGACUGACAUGUUAAAAUUGGGCCAAGAUCUCUCAGAGAUUGAGGAUGUUGCUCGGAAAGGAAUUUAUCUGGAACGUCUUAUAAAAUUGUAUCAGGAUUCCAUAAGUUCGUUAGAAAAUUGUCCUAAGCCCGUCAUAUCUGCAAUACACUCUGCUUGCAUUGGGGCUGGUAUUGAUAUGAUUACAGCGGCAGAUAUUCGUUACUGCUCUCAAGAUGCUUUUUUCUCUGUAAAAGAAGUUGAAAUUGGCAUGGCAGCCGAUGUUGGCACUUUACAACGAUUCCCUAAAGCAGUUGGAAGCCAAUCAUUGGCCCGGGAAUUAUGUUACACUGGACGUCGUUUUGAGAGUUCAGAGGCUUUCAAUUGUGGAUUAAUCAGUAAAGUUUUCCCUGACAAAGAUUCAUUAGUUAACGGCGCCCUAGCUUUAGCUGAAAGCAUUGCAGAGAAGAGUCCGAUCGCUGUACAGGCUACUAAACAAAACGUUGUCUACUCACAAAGCCGUCCUAAUCAAAAGGGUUUAGAUCACAUUCGUGAAAUGAACAAAUUAUAUCUACAAUCCGAAGACUUCGCUCAAGCUGCUGCAGCCCAAUUGACUAAAGGGGAAAAGCCAGUCUUUUCAAAGUUAUAAACACUAAACACCGUUAUAUUAAUUACAUUUAACUAAUGUUGUCAAUAUUUUGUUUUAUUUUUAAUAAAUUGAUGAAUAAAUAUAUAUUUUAAUGCA